UUCGUCGUGGAUUGAUCACCCAUGACAUCGAUUGUGUUACAUGUAUUUGAUUGUCAGUUUUUGGAGGCUUUGACACCCAUAUCAUAUAUGUCACCUUUAUUAAAAUACCAGUUUACAGUCGACGAGCAUAAAUGGACUUUUAAAUGGUAUCCCUCCUGCUGAAGAUGUGGUUUAAACGAGCCCAAGACGACGGAUAUCGUGAGACGCUCUAAUUACUGUGCGUUUGCGGAACAUUUUAAGUAUCAGAGGUCUUGUUGUUUAUGCAUAGAGCCUGGGUCAGAUUAUUCUUCAACAUGAGAUAAACAGUUUUUCCAAAGGUAAUUCACAACUUUACUCCUUUUCUUAUUAACCAAGUAACAGCUGGCCUGGUAUUUCAACCCUCUUGUGAUAUGCACGCUACAAGCUAUCGUCGGUUACUUCGCUUCGUUCUAUAUGUUCUUCUACUAGGGAGUUUAGUAACACUGGGAGAAGGCAGGAUCCAUGGCCGCAAGAUCAUCACUAGGAUUGGAGACAAUUUUCCAUGGGGAAGUUUACGGCUUCCACAGACUUUAUUUCCUUUGAAUUACAAAAUCACAUUGGACACUGACUUAAAAUUAUUCACUGUAAAGGGAGAAGUUGGUAUAACAGUCAAGUGUGAAAAGCCAACAGCAAAUAUUAUUCUUCAUUUAAGAGACAUGAAUGUCACGAAGACAGCAGUCUUUGAGAAGAAACAACAAGAUGUUAAAUUUUCUGAUGAUUUACGAGAUGUUUACGAAAACGAAGUAUUGAUUGAAAGGGAUGCGAAGAAACAGCAGGAUCGAGAAUUGCAUGUGUUAAAAACAAUGAAAAAUAAGACCCUUGAAAUGUUCCUCAUUAAAGUAAAAGAGGAACUCAUCCGGGGACAAACUUACAAGAUUUACAUUCAAUUUAACUAUCCCCUGACGGACAAGUUACUAGGGUUUUAUAGAAGUUCUUAUACUGCAAAAGAUGGCGAGAAAAGGUGAGUGAAACUAAAUAAACAUCACCGGUAAUUAUAGAUUGAAUAUGUAAACUAAGAACAGUGCAAUAUUCAUUGAACAAUUACAGUUCGGUUAAUGCGAGCAGGAGAUGGUGACUUGGGGGACAUCGGAACAUACACGGAUAGGGAUGCAUCCUUUGUUGUUUGUUCCGUGGGAUGCAGAAAAAAUGGAAAAUAUUUUUGCUUUUAUUGACUUUUAGUUUUGUCAGUUUGUCGGUUGAGAUUUAUAAUGGUAGCAAUUAGCAUGCAAAUCUCCUGAAAUUUGCAUCUUGCUUGACUUAAUUUUAAUAUACCCAUACUUCCAGACAGAGACGGUUACUUCGAGUAACUUCCUCUCUGGAUAGUUGAGAGUAUCUCUCAUAACUUUCUCUUAUCACCUAAUUCGAACUGUUGGUAGGUAUUGGGAUCAGUGAAGCCAGACUGUGCCACUCAAGGGCGGAGGUGCGAUGAAAGGUCUUUUCCGAAUUUUAGAUAAAUGUCUUUGAUCAAAGAUUUUUUGGAAGACAAGAGUCGCUUUCUCAAGAUAAAUCAGGCAAUCAGUACUGUACAAGGCCGUAGCUAGGCUUUUUUGUACGGGAGGGGCAUUAUCGCGCGUGCCGAAGGCGCGAGGCUUGUAGGGGGGUGGGGGUACCCUCGCGCAGAAAAUUUUCAAAUUUGGAUGCUCCGAAACGCUAUUUUCGUCCAUAAAUAUCCUUUGGCGUUGGCAUGUAGUUGCUUUCACGGUGAAUAAGCAUCAUCGCGAGGCCGCUGAGGCGUUCUUCUCUCAUUGAAGAACGUGUCUGUAACUUCAGACGACGCAGAGGAAAACAGAACUCGAUUGAACGAUAAUGACCACUCUAAGUCUGGGUAGAAUAGAAUAUCACUUUCUACGUUCUAUCAAAACUCACGCUAUUGUAUUUGAGAGACCCUUGUUUACCUGGUAAUCGCAGAUCCUCUCGCUACUAGACUAGUUCCAGACUGCGCCACUACAGGCACUCUCUGUAAAUUAGAGUGAACCUUGCAAAUACUACGUAUACAUGCCAAUUUCAAUAGGGGGUUUUGCUUUAUUUUGCUUACAAUUUGCACACACUGUGGACCAACCAAUUUCUCGGCCAUGAAAAUGGCAAACAAUUGCAAGUCACUACAAUCAAAAUAACUGAGUCUAAAGAAAAAAAAUCCAUACACAGACACAGAUUUGGUCUGGUUCAACAGGACCAGUGUUUUCUGCCCCUCCCCCCCCCCACUAGCUACGGCUCUGCAAUACAUUUCGUGCCAGCUGAAACAGAGUUGACUUAAUGUACUUUACUGCAGGCACAGUUUGUCGCAGGUAUACACUGGAUACUGAACACGGAAACAGACAGACUUAAAUAAGCGUAUCGCAGAUAUUGUUGAGCGGGAAGAUUUACGACAAACUCUUCCCAGAAUGAUUUUGGGUCGAUUUUAGCCCGACUGAAGGACAAAAGGCCGGAUCGAAUUUCCUCUCCAUAUCAGCAGCAACAAACUCUUGACAACAAACCAUUAUAACAUGGACUACGACACACGACAAUAGGUCCAGCUAGGUCCUCUGCAACUAGUUAUUCACGUGGUACAAAACCGCCAUGCUGGAGAGGGCAUACUGGGAAAGACAAACAAAGGAAAAUACCAUUUUAAAUGAUGUGAGCGCUUUGUUUGUCUUGUCUCAGAAUGUCUUUUACUCUCCACCAUGGCGGUUUGGUACGACUUGAACGACCAACUGCAAAGGGUCCUUUAACCGCAGGUUCCCCAAGCUCCAAAGUGAUGAUUGUUGCAUAAUAGUAAUUAUCAGGCCGUUUAAUGAUAUUUUUAACGAUCGCAAACAGGAGUAAAAAAUAUUAAUACCUUUCCCCGUUUUUUCAUAUAAAUUUUUGGUUUUUCUUGGCUUUUACGCCGUCUUACACCUAUCAUUUAUCCCUUCAUAACAUACCCAAGGCUGUUUACUCGAUAAUAAGGGCCUAGAAGACCUACCGAAGGAAUUAAAGCAGCCGUAAAUUCCCUGAAAAUACUCUGAAAGCUUCCUCAGUUAGUGCACGCAGUGCACGUCAGUCCUUGAGUGUGUGGUUGAAAGCGCGUCGCUGUAUUGUUAUUACUAGAUUUGACUCCUAAAUUUCUAUUGCUAAAAAUACCACACAAAACCCUCAUCAUCAUUAAAAUUAUUUUGCGGAUAUUGAGCUACAGCAAUUCUCAAUCGUGAGCCUGGAGUACCCGAGCAAUAAUAUCGAGCCAUAAAUAUAAUCAUUAUAUUGAUGGCUCUUUAUUUUUGCUCGGGUACUCAAGGCGGCACGAGUGAGAAUUGCUGUAGCACAAUAUCCUCAAUAUCAUUUUAAAAUGAUUUUAAACUGCGUUUAUUUCUCGCAAUUAAUUUGUAGUCGCAACAAUUCUGAAAAACGCCCACCUCGGACUCUAUGGUUAAUAACAACGCACCCUGGUAGUGAAAAACUAUUUGUCAACUGAGUGCUCGCAUAAGCUAAGGGACGGCAGUUUUCGGUAGAUCAAUUGGGAAAUAAAGAAACAUAAAUGUGUGAUCUGGUAAAAAGGAUGUUCGUACGUUUUCAAUUUCGGAGCCUGCAACAUGCAGGCUCCUUAUACACACCCUCCGUCCAGUGUGAUAAAGCUACGUCCUAACGGAUGCAACAACUACCAGGUGAACAUUGUUGGGACCUGCAGUGCAUCGUGGGAAGGAUACAAACCAUAACACUUUGUAAACCAAGCGUAAUGCGCAUGCGUGGCCCUAACAUUGGCGGUUGGAAGAACUGUGCAAACGGAUGCAACAUAUGUUGCGUACGUUUUGGCGAUCACGGAACAAAAGAAAUGUUAGGAUCCUAACAUUUCCUUUGUUCCGUGAUCGUCAAAACGUAGCGCAACAUAUGUUGUAUCCGUUUGCACAGCUCUUCUAACAAAGUUAGAGGGUUGGCUCAAAAGUUUGACCGGUUUCCAACCUUUUCGCAACAACUCCCAACAACACGCAACCGACAUGCAGCAACAUGUAACAGGGUGUGCAAACAGACGCUUCCUGUAACAUCCAACAAUGUUGGGAGUUGUUGGCCAACAAUAUUGCGUCCGUUUGCACGGGGCUUAACGCGAGUAAGUAGCUUACUUUUAUUUUAGGUACUUGGCUGCCACAUUGUUUGAGCCCACGGACGCACGGUCAGCUUUUCCAUGUUUUGACGAACCAGCGAUGAAGGCUACGUUUACAGUGACCAUUAUAAGACAGGGGCAGUACAGAGCGCUUUCUAAUAUGCCUAUCGACAGCACGGUGAGCAUUUUGCUUCAUGACUAAGAGUCAGACUAAGAGUCAAAAGAGAGAUUAACGGUGAACUCUGCUUUAGGCUAGGUAUAAUAGGGGAAUCGGCAAAAGUACUUAUAGGGUACAAUCUGAAGAUUAGAAAAAUCUCGUAGGUACAAAUAAUUGACAAAGUCUCUCCCCAACUGAGUCCGAUCGACUCUUGCCAAGACGAAUAGUUUCCUUCGGAUCCAAUCUUGUCCGUUUGCAAUUUUCAGCCCGUUCUUCCACUACGCUUUGCCAUUUUUUUAAAUUGUCUCGCGAACUGACGUCCGGCUGGUCGGGAUGUUCAUGGGAUUCGUCCAUCAGACUCUAUUACUGUGUUAGGGUGCAAUGAAAAACCCUUAAAAAUUGCUUCAGGCACACAGAAGAAAUCAUUCAAAAUUGUUUCCGAAAGGCAACCGCCUCAAUUGCCUGACGGUAUGUCUGCCAGGGUUCGGCAGAACACACUGAGGAGGGAAUGAAACAAACAGAACAAAAUAAGACACUCACAAUUCAAAAUUCCAAAAUAAUCAUAUGUUAUACUCAACUGUUUGUACAUUAAUCGCCUAUCCGUAAAUUUCAGAGUGGAAUGGCUACAACCUUUCCGGGCAACGAUUUCUGGCAUCGUUUGGGUGGGCAAGAGUUAGUUAUGAUUGUCCAAUUAAUACUAUCAACAGGAAACCUUUACAUCAAUCAGUGGCUACGUUUCUAACAAACACACGCUAGAGAGCGACCCAUUAUCCACGUAGCGUAGGGAGUGGCAAUUAACACCUAAUUGCCUCUAGACAAGUGUAACAUAAAUCCUACCAUCGUAAUAUAACAACUUGUGCUCUCUCCUUUUUCCAGGUUAAAAUUGGAGAAGAUUUAUACGCGGAUCAUUUCAAAGAAUCCGUUAAGAUGAGUACUUAUUUGGUAGCGUUUCUGGUGAGCGACUUCAAGUCCAUAGAAACUAACACAAGUAGUGGCAUCAAGGUACAUAACCAAACCUAAUUUAAACCAAAAAUACAACUUGUUGUACUUCGACGAUACCUUUUGACGAUCCAGCUGACAAUCGAAAUAAGAGAGAACAAAAACCGAAAAAAAAAGGCACAAGCUCGUUACAAACAAUGCAGACAUACGCGCAUCCAGACUAAAAGAACAUUAAUAGACGGUAUUUUAAGACUGUCGUUUUUCGUGUAGUCAAACCGCCAUGUUGAAACACCUGUUAUAGGCAACCACCUGUUCGAAAUACCAAAACCUUAAAAAAUGAUCUGACCAGCAUCUUUUGUGCUAUAUCUAAAAAAUUCGGCUGUAGAUGGGUAAUACGAUUAAUGGCAAGCACACGCUAGAAGCUUGACUACUCGUGCUAAUUUUGUUUUACGCUAGCUUUUCCUCUUCUCUUGCUCUCAGGUUAUCAUCGAUGUCGGCUGCUGUAUUAUAUAAAACACCAACAACAAAAAAGACCCCUGACAAUUGAGCAGCGUUUCCUAAAACAGUUGAACCCCUCCACAACGACCACCUCAGGGACAGGAGAAAGUGGCUUCCGUUGUAAAGAGGUGGCCGUUGUAGAGAGGUUUAAACAAGAGUCAAGGGGGGGCAAUCCAUUCAACCAAGAUUCCGACCGGUCCGAUCGGGAAAAUUGGUCCACCUCAAUAGGUGGACCAGUUUUUUUGAAACUUUUCCGGUUAGAUAGAACCGAUCCAUUGAGUUUUGGACCGAAAUUUCCGGAAAUUUUGGUUGAAUGGAUCGCGCCCAAGGUAUGGAUUAUUUGUCCGCUGCUGAAAGUGGCCUUUGUAGAGAGGUAGUCGUUGUGGAGAGGGGGCCGUUUGUGAAUUUUUUUUUCUUCUUGAAAGAUUACGCGCGUUUUAUUUUCUGCUGGCACAGGUCCGUUUGUGGGCUCCCCCGUCGCAGAUCUCACAGGGUACUUACGCUUUGGACAUCGCUGCAACUACUCUCUCAAAUUAUGAAAAAUUCUUUAAGAUACCGUUUCCUCUUCCAAAGCAAGGUAAGCAUUGUUCAUGUUAUUAUAAAAAAGCAAUUAUAUCACGCAGAAAAGGAAUUAUUGUUCUACGUUAGAGGCUCAUUGGUCUAAGUCAUCAAAAAACAAGUUAAUGAAUUAUCUCGCCGCCCUUUUUUAAAUACCGUUUAUCAGAAACAUUAAUUUUGUUUUAAAACCUCUCUGUCUGGUCUCCUUUUCCAUUAUAUCUGGUCGGGAGUGUCCGAUGAACAUUAUAAAGGCUGUGAGAAAUAUCAAACUAUUCCGCUAUUUAAGUUAAAAAAACCGCUCAGAUAUUUCGAAAAACGAAUUUCGCGCUUUCGGUCAGUUCAAUUGAACCGAUCUAUUUACGUCAAUUUUGGGGGAAAAUUUCGGCAAAUUUUGAUACCUUAAACGGGAUUGGCCAAAUGGAACGUCAUUAAGUUUCUGAUCAGACCUGUCCAACCGAAGAAUACGGAUCACCUUUUGCACUGCAGUCGCAGGAUCGACGGUAACUUAGUCUUCGUUUCUUUUACAAAGUUUCAAGUGAGAAGGUCUCUUCGCUCGAUCGGUUACUCAACGGCGAGCAAUAUGUCUCACGCCACAGCUUACGUUCCAACCCCGUCAUAUUGCAGAUCUGGUCGCAAUUCCUGACUUUGGAACAGGAGCCGAAGAAAACUGGGGCCUGAUAGGAUAUUCCGCUGCCAUGGUUCUCUUCGAUUCUAAUAAAACAUCGGAUUCUAUUAAGCAAGAUGUGUGCGAGACAGUCACACACGAAUUAGCACACCAGGUAAGCGGAGAAUCCAGGGUUCAUUUCCCUGAGCGCUACUAAGCUACGUGCAAAGGGACGCAACUGUUGGUCCUGCAAUGUUGCGAGUUGUUGCGUCCGUUUGCGUGUAGCUAAAAGUUUGACUGGUUUCAAACUUUGCACAACAACUCCCAACAACACGGAACAACAUGCAACAGGGUGUGCAAACGGACACAGCAUAUAACAUCCAACAGUGUUGGGAGAUGAUGGCCAACUAUGUUGUGUCCGUUUUCACAGGGCUUCAGCCUUCGUGGCAGGCGUCGGAAUGGGUACGAGAGGAGGGAAAAAGGAAGAGGGAUUUUUCCCCGCUCCCCUCCGCUUUUUGCGCUUGCCACUCAGUUUAGGUUUCAUGAGAUGGUAAACUUACAAUAGACUCCAUACUGAAUUUGAAAAUAGCUAACGGCGACAGGUUUCACAUAAAGCCCUGUGCAAACGGAAGUAAAAUUCUUGGACAACAACUCCGAACAUUGUUUGGAAGUUACAUGUUGCGUCUGUUUGCACACUCUGUUGCGUGGUAUUGCAUGUUAUUGGCACGCCCACUUGUUGCGCAAAGUUUGCCGGAAACCGGUCAAACUAUUAGCUACGUGUAAAUGGACUCUACAACUUCUAACGUUGUCGGCCAAGAAUGUUGCGUUUGUUUGCACGGGGCUUAAGCCCCGUGUUUUUAAAUGCAGCACUAAGCUAUUGAAUGGAACAAAAUUAUCUGUUUUAAAGUACACUGAAAAGUCAACCUAAGUUUCUCUUGUUCAAUUAAUUAUGGGAAACGAUCUACCUGUACUUAGGUUUAAAACUACUUUAGUUCACAUGACAAGAUAAAAUGUGAUCAGUAAUUAGUCAGCUGAUUGGCUUAAUAUAUGUUAUAUGUUUUUUAGACGACGAUGUCUGCUCUGUUUUUACCAAUUCAACGUAAAUGCUACUGCCACUGCUACGAAUGGUAUUCGAGUAGCAACGGAUAUCCCAUUGACUUAUAUUUUAAUUACUUAACAUUUCAGAGAAUAAGCUAAAAUUCCUUCAAGAUCGAAAACGUGUAGUGCAGGACAGGACAGCGACGUCCAUUUCCCCAUGGCAACGGUCGUUGCUUUUUUAAAAAUCGAUGCCACUAUUGGUAACCUAGAUAGAUGUUAUACAUUACAUGGAUUUAGUUAAAAAUACAUUUUUCGACACUUGCACAAAUGCAGGUAGCCUGAAAUCAAGGAGUUAAUUCACAUUUAACUGAGCCACUUCCUUAACGGACCUGCCUUGCCUUAUUGCAUGUUUUCGGCAAUACAUUAUCAUUCCUUCUUCACCGACGCAACCUCCUUUUCCCCGGAUGUGCAGUUGUUUGUAAAGGCAUUUUUACUCACUUUAGAGGACUGACGCAACAAAAAUUCAAUGCAUAUCUUUGUUUUGAUCUCCUUUUGCAGUGGUUUGGAAACCUCGUCACUAUGAAAUGGUGGAAUGAUCUUUGGCUUAAUGAAGGCUUUGCAACCUAUAUGGAAGAUAUAGGAUCGAGUUUUGUUGAGCGAAACUGGAGCAUGUUGGACCAGUUUAUCCUUGAGAAGCUUUACAAAGCGUUCAGCGACGAUCAGUCAAAAUUUUCACAUCCUAUUUCGGUGGAGGUUAAAGAUCCCAAAGAAAUCAAUAACAUCUUUGAUUCUAUAUCAUAUGAAAAGGUCUGAAAAUUUAUUUGAUAUAAAUACAGUGGAACCUCGGUUUAACGGACCCUUAUAUCGAAGUCCCUGGGUACGUAUAACGAGCGAUUUUCUUCAGCCAGGCCAAAAUUGCAGUAAAAUGUAUGGAACAGAACCUCGAUAUAACGAAGAGAACCUGGAUUUAACGAAAUCCUCGUUAUAAGGAACACAGUCCAGAAGCGCAAACGUAAAAUAUACCUCGAUGUAACUAAUAAAUGACAAUCUGACCAAACGAUAGCUAAAGAUGAAUGCGAUUAACAGACCAACGAUGAUAAAAUUUAUGUGUACAAUAGUUUUAAGCAGUUUUGUUUGCCUGUUCUUGAGUUUCUAGUGCCGUAUCCAUGCACAGCUCUGUACUGAAACCAUUGUAGCUUCAUAUGCAAAUAUUUAUAAAAAUUAUUAGAUUCGGUUUUUGUGAUAUCCAGAAUAAUCAAGGUCUCUGUAAGGGUUAUCAGCCUCAGCCGAUAACCCCUACCUCGACCUUGAUUAUUCUGGAUAGUCAUGUGUUUGCUUCUUCACUGACGGCAAGCAACACAAAUCGGCCGAACUUGACAUGAUUACCCUUAGAAAUCAUGCACCGCGGUCAUACAUGACAUGAUUACCCAUGAACUUGAGUCACCUUAGUAGAUGACGUCCCAGGCACUGAUUUCCAAAAUUCACUGUACGUUUUCGGCCAAUCACAAUAGAGAUAGUGAGUUGAAUGUAUAAUAAUUACAGAAAUUGUUCAUAACCGGAAAUACUUUGUGUUGAGAAUUAAUCAUGACUAAUCAUUAACAAACUAUAUAUACCUCGCCGUCGAUAACGAACAUUUUGGUUGUUUUCUAGAAAAUUCAUUAAAUCGAAGGCUUCGAUAUAACAAACCCCCGAUAUAAUAUAAAUCAAGGUUCCACUGUAAAACUAACGUUUCAGAAUAAACUGUUUGAAACAGUUAAAUCAGAAUGUUUUUUAUGGAGUCAUGAAGACACCGAAAUGAUCAUGUUCUAUGUCAGUUAUCCGCGUUGAUUUUACUUGCUUACUUUUAAUUUAAAUUUAAUUCAAAUAAUGUUUAUUUAACAUGACACAUACAUUCAACCACAAUCUUUCUCUCUUUGUUCUUUCCCUUUCUUUUCUCUCCCUCUUUAGGCCGGAGAAAUUUCGAGGACACGUGCGCGCCUCCCUCGGUGAAAAUGAUUUUUUCUUUGGGAGAUGAAAAAAACUGUUUCAUGAGCUUUUCUCUUGGCAUAUGGUUUAAUUUUGUUGCCGUUAGUCGCGACGCAUGCUCAGGUAUUGUGCACGCGCACACGAUACCUGGGUAGUUUCUGUUUCUAUUGGCUAUGAAGACUCAAAAUGUGAAUUGUCGGUUGUCUUGUCAUCCGAUUCUGUUUUCGUCAUCAGAUUUGCUUGGUCCGUUAAUAAGUCUUUUGUAAUGUGCUGGUAACUGUUGACUACGAUUUUCUCGGCAACGAAUCAAAGCUCGUCUUUUCAAGUAAACGUUACGGCUAUUUGGGUGAAGUUAGAAUAUGGUUUUAGAUAAGGCAUUGGAUCUCCAUUUCUGUAAAAAAUGAGUAAGCUCCAAGCUCUUCUUGUCUGUCUUUUAUAUUACACCUCCUUCAUACUCAGUUUAUUGCUGGAGAGGAGAAACUGAAGAUGGGUUAAAAUGAUUUUCUUUUAAAACUAUCUGUCUUAACUGGCCCAAGAGCCGGUCUUUUAUGAUGCCCAACAAGCCAUCGCCAUUAGUACCAUGAACGUUUUGACUGGCUUAAUUUUUUCUUUCUUCCUCAGGGUGCAUCAGUGAUCAGGAUGUUGAGGGAUUUUCUUGGCUCGGAAGGAUUUACAUCCGGACUCCAAUUAUAUCUUAAGAAAUUUGCUUAUGGAAACGCUGUCACCGAUGAUUUAUGGGCAUGCAUGACUCAAGUAAGAUAAUAAUGGGUUUCUCAGAAAAUACAGAGGCAAUUAUCCGCGGCAUGGCCGAAAUACGACUGUAGAAAAAAAUUAUGUAUGCGAUAGGUUUUAAUAAUUUUAGUGUUAUGAAGAUUUCACUAGGGACACAUAUUAUUAAUGUAGAUAGCCUGUGUCCCCCGUUAGCUGUCAUGAAAGCUAAACACAUAAACACGUAAAUUAAGUUUUCAUUUUAAUUCAAUUUAAUUUCAUUUACCAGAACUUUCUCUAUGUGUCUGGCGUUAUUUUAGAUUUCAUUGAACCAUAUAACACAUAAUGAAACAAUCUAUUUUUAGAAAUCCAUUACGUUAAUAUCUGUCUUUCAAAAAUGAAACUUUCAGUUUUAUCAACUGAGGUAAAAGAGCAAAAUUUGCCACCAUAAAAGGAUUCAAGCUCUCUGUUUAGAGCACCAGCCUCUGGCCAGGUGUGCACUAAUUCGUGGCGUUUCAUCCCCCCUCCCCCCACCAUCCACGCUAGGCCGCUUUUUAGAACUGAACUACACUACUUAACCAAGAGGUUCUCUCGUGUUAGUAUAAGUGUUACUGAUCUGCAUAAGCCGUCUCCACUCCAGAAUAAUAUAACCAUCAAACCUUUAUUCGUUCAUCUUAAAAAAUUGGUAAAAACAACCUUGUUGAUUUGGUUAAUUACCACCAGGGAUAAAAGAUUUGACAGGCUAUGGUUUUAAAAUCAUGGCUUUACCAACUGAGUUGCUGAAAUCCCCAGGGUACUUUUUCUUCAAACAAUUGCAAGUAACGAAAAAAAAAAAGGAAAAAAGCUGCGUCGCGCUUUAGAAAGUAAGGGAAUAUUCAACAAAAAUAAUGGACAAGAGUUCCGUCUUGUGGUUCGAGUUCCUUGAACUCCACUGAUGAAGGGCUAGGCCCGAAACGUUUGGAGAGGAACUCAAACCACAAGACGGCACUUUUGUUCAUUUUUUUGUUGAACAUUCCGUUAGGGUUGAUUUCCAGUGCCGCGUAAUUUUAACGUGCGUACGUGCGUAAAAUUUACGUAGGCAAAUAAAAUUGAGGCAAUACUUGAAAGGUCGCUCGUAAGCGUAAAAGUUGAACCGCGCUCAACUUCUCUUUAAGCUCAGCACUUUUUAUCUUGCCUCUGUUUUAUUUACGUGAUUAAGAUUUACGUGCGUAAACCUGCGUAGCCAAAAACGCAUCAUUGGAAAUCAUUCUUUACGUCGAUAAUUUAUGUCAAUCUUCCAAUAUACCGGAACAUAAUUGGACGAAUGAAGUAAAUUGUCUUUGUAAUUAUGGAAAACGUUGGACGUACAACUCAUGGUCGAUUAUACCAGGCGCUGUUCGGCGGUUUUAAAAAAGCCAAAAUAGGUCUCAGAGUCACCACUUUCCUCCUACAUCAACAUUAAUUUAUUACUAUUAAUAUACCCCUUGGGUUGCCGUUCAUACGCAGCAAACUGGCAUCAAUGUAAAAAAGGUGAUGGACACUUGGAUACUACAAAUGGGAUUACCGGUGGUCACCAUCACGCGCAUGGAUCAAGAGAAGGCAAGAGCAGAUCAAACACUAUUUCUUAUCGCCCCUGGUGCAAAGCCCAACCAGAGUUCUCCUUUUGAGUAAGUAUCAUCACUUUUGCAAGUUCGUGUGGUGAGAGAAACCAAAGGAAAAAAGUCAUGCAUGAGGACAUUAUUGUGUGUAAAUUUCUAAUGAACUAUUAUAAACCUAUUAUGUGUUACCAGGUUUUGUAAAAAUAUAUUGUAAAAAAUAUACUUGAUGAGUUUCAACAAGUGUUUCUGCUUUGCAGUUUGAAUCGGAAUUUGAAUUUGAGUCUAUUUUAUCAACGUGAUUAAAAUUUACGUGCGUUAACACGGCAGGGGCAAACCACCUCUCAAAGGGCUGAUUAAGGCUAAAUUUACGUAUCUUUUACAUUUCUUUUCAUUUCUCGACCAAACUCGCCAGAUAGACUACGAUGGUUGACGAAACGAUAUUAAAUUUUUGUUUGACGCAAAAUGUCAAAUUGUGACGUCACAAAGGCUGACGUCACCAAAAUGGGUUAAAUGCAGUUUUUAAUUUCAAAGUCAAACUUAUAUCAUUUGAAAGAGCUUUAGAAGAGGAGUAAAACAGCGAAAACCGUUUCUGGCUACGACACGUAAAUACGAUGUCUUUGCAACGUUUUGUCAAAUAAUCAACGAAUCACGAGAAAAAAAAUAGCUAUUUCACAUUUCCUGGAAAACAAAAGGGCCGAUCGCCAGUCACGAAAUUACCCUUUACCACCCUCUACACUAUGUAAAGAUAGAGGAAAAAUGUGUUGUCUUGAUGGUCACCUAAUUUGAGAUGCGCUUUUUCAUAGUUAUACCUGGAAUAUACCUCUUACAUACAUAACUCAGAAGAAUAAGACUAGAGCCCAAGUUUGGAUGAAUAGAGGACCUGGUAAGAACUUUCAUAAAUCUUACAUUAGUCACCAAAAAACAAAUGAGGCUACAAGACAGUUGUCUUUAAUGUUGCUGUUGUAUUUUUGUACCAAAAAGGCCGCUUGGUCGCCGAUAUAUCUUGAGCUUUAAAAAAAAAAUUGAUUAAAGUAACAAAAUCUAAAAAGAUACAGUCCUACCUCUCGGUAACCUCAAAAGCAACAACAACAGCAACGAAAACAACAACAAACGAGCAAACAAGCAAAAACGCUUGCUUCAAAAUCUUUUUCAGCUUCACUGAACUGGGCUUCAUCUGACGGUUGGAUUAAGGCCAAUGUUGAUCAGAUUGGUUAUUACCGAGUAAACUACGAAACAGAGAACUGGAAGUCUUUGUACAAUCAGUUACUAUCUGACCAUAAAGUAAGUAUAACUGUAUUUUGCCUUUGGAGAUUAGUUAAACAAGUGAAACUGAUCAGGAAAUACUAGCUGGGAAUAGUCGUUUACCAUUAUUUUUGUUCUGUUAUGAUUUUUUUCUAAUAUACUUCUUUUUUUAAAAUAAGGUUUAUAUGCUUUUGGUAUAGUUGUUAGUGAAAGUGAUUUAAAGUAAUUGGGCAUGUAUAAAUAAGUGUAGUAAAAGGUAUAGUUUUUAAAAGACCCUUCCACGAUUUUUUUCAAAUUUUGACAUGGACAAGCUUGUGAAAAUCCGUCAUGUUCUCUGGAAACAGCGCCCUUGAAUUAGUAAAAUUGGCAAGUUUGAAAGUGUUUUAUUGAAAACUAUCGAAGAUUAUAAAAGCUCUUCAAAGUCGCGAAAGUUUACAGACGUUUGUAUGUUUGUGCCCCCACCAUAUAGACUUUUGUAAAUUUUCGCAGAGCAAUUUUACUAAUUUCAAGGCUCUCUUUCCAGUGUUGUCGACGGGUCCAUGAUACGCUCUGCCGAUUUGGGUCGACCUAAAUUAAGUUAAGAUCUAAAUCAGGCAAAACGCAAUUUCAGUUUUUGAUCAGUAAUAAAUUUUCUCCCGAACAAGGCUAAAUAUACAUUGAAAUACAAAUUUUUAAUUUAUUAGUUCGUGGCAUGUGAGGAUCGACGUUUGUCCUGAAGACGAUCCUCAAACGUUCUAUCCGUCGGAAGCAGACGGAUAGAACGUGUUGGACGAUCCAAACUUCUUCAGACGAACUUAACUGAGCCAGGCGUCGCACUUUUAACUCACUAACUUUGGUUGGUCUCAUGAAAAGUUCGACGUUUGCCCUAGGCCUUAGGAGAUCUCAGUCAGUUGAAAAUUCACCCUUUGCCGUGUGACACGUAGCCUUCACCUAUCACAAACUUGAAAGAAACUGUGUAAUGCAAUUAAUCGUAUGAACGUCAAAGUUUUUUAGAAUACGAGUUGAAAAAGGUAGAUAUCUAGAAGUUUCGAGGGUGCUCCCUGUGCUUCUUCUUGACGUUCUCGUUGCCGUCGCCCUUGUCGUUGCUCGCGACUAAAACUCCGCUGAUUUAACGAUGCGUGCAAUGUUGGUAAUCCAAACGUUUUUAGUUUAAACGCUUGCGAUAUCUCCAAUAUCUCAAAAUGUGAUGAAUCCGGAAACUUUUAUGUAUACAUGAAAAAAAAAAUCCUUUUGUUUUAAUGUAGCAUAACUGGGGUCUAACUGGUUCGAAAUUUUUAGGCAUUGAGCGCCGCUGACCGGUCAGGACUGAUUGAUGACGCGUUUCAUUUGGCAAGGUAAGCGGAUUAGUUUUUUUUACUGCUUUUAUUUUUAGUUACUAUGCCUGUGGUCUGCAAGCGCCUAUGGAGGCGACACAUGUAAGGGAUUACAUAUUAAGUAAAUACAGUGGAAGCUCUUGUAAGUGGAAACCUCUACUCACGGCAGCCUUUAAAAAAUAAGCGACCGGGACGCUUUCAGGAAAUCUCAUUCUCCUCUGAAUCUUGUAUUUCCAAUCAUUGUUUGCCACAAUGGAUUUAGAUCAGUUUCUGCGUUUUUUUUAUACAUACACGACAGCAAAAAGUGAACCACAACACAAAUCAUGUAUAGAUAUAUUUUACAUCAUUUGUUUAUUUUAAAUUAGUUGUUAUUGCUGCCAACUACCAAAGCUAUUUUUAUUUACAAGAAACUUGGACUAUUCGUCCUUCUCACGGCUUCUCCCUUUAUCACCUUUUUUUUCUACUGAUUUUUCUGUUUUUUUUUGUGUAUUAAUUGUACUGAGUUUGUUGCACAUAAUUAUCUCUUUUUAGGAGCAAUCUGCUGAAACAGACUAUUGCUUUGGAUUUGACAGAGUACAUUAUUAAAGAAACAGAUUAUGUUCCACUAAAAACAUUUGUCGCAAACAUGUAUUAUAUCGGCGACAAUCUACUACUGCGAAAGUCUAUCGGAUUGUUUAAGGUAAAACUACAUGUGAAGUUUGCCUGUAGUUAUAAUUUAGUUUAAGUAGUUAGAGUCAACUUAGGUCAAGCAUACCCCCCCCCCCAAGAUUCCAUAAUGAAUUUUUAUUAUUUGAAAGUUGAAUCGAUUUGGUUUAAGAUUUAUCUCUGCUUCCCCACACGCGUAAUGAGCAUGCGAGUUCUGCCAGCUCAGUUUUCUUGAAUUCGAUAUAAAUAUCUUCAAAGCUAUUUUAUCUAAUCAAAGAGUUUUUAAUCUUACCAAUUAUAUACUGAGAAGCUGUAGCCAAAAUUGCACUGCCUAUUACGCAUGCAGUCAAGCAGCUCAGGUCUUUAGUCGCUUGGGCGAAUUUUCAAGUCUGUUUAGCCAGUCUGUUUGUAGCAGGGGCAGACACUUUUGGGCUGCGUUUAUUUAAAAAUUGGACGCGACAAAUAAUUGUAUUUACUACGUGUUAUGAACCCUUCUGCUUCCUGUUAGUUAUUUUCCAAAAUAACGCAGUGGUACAAUUCGGUACAUUCUGGUACCCCUCCUAAUAUAUUCGUGGGUCACCUCCUUUUGUUUCCUUAGAGCUACAUGUUGCAGCAACUUGAUCCAACUAUAAAGCGACUGGGAUGGGAUGACGAGGGAUCACACUUAGACAAGUAAGAAAAAACCUUGCUAGGUUUGUACGCCAUACAUUCCCUGAUGGCUUAAGUAUAUUGUCAGUAAAUACAGUUUCAGUUUAUUUGCCACAAAAAUACAUUCAUUCAAUACAUUUAAUACAUGAAGAAAUAACCAUAAUUAUCACUAAUCACUGAAAAAAAAGGGGAGUUAAAUCCCUACAGUUAUAGAUAAUUAUAACUGCGUUUUAAUGUAGUUGAAAAAAGACUGAAGUUGACCUGACACAUACAUGAUGAUGCAAAUACGUCGCCUUUUCGUAGUCCAUCUUACGUUUGACAGAAUGUGCAGUAAAAUACCUGCUAGUUUACUAAAAAGCUGCAAGGCUGCUAGAUAAUGAGUGGUAUAGUAGGGGCCGAAUUACCCUUUUUUGCUCAGGAAGCUUAUUUGCUUGCGCAAGAAUAUAUUAACGCCGAUGACGCAGCCAUAGUCUUUUCUCUUUAUCUCAUGGAUAAAAAUCGGUGGAUGCUCAUCGAAAUAAGGUCACGUGCUAUUUUUAGUUGGACUAAUCGUUUAGGCAGGUUCUCUAGUUAUUUUAAGAUCCUUUUAUAGUGAUAUAAUUUCCAUCCUUUGCAGACUUCUGCGGCCAUAUAUUUUUCUCACGGCUUGUGAUUGUUCAGAUAAAGCAGUUAUUUCCAGAGUCAAGAGAAUGUUUCAACUCGCCAUGGAGGGACACUUGUACGUAUAAUAAAGCUAACUGACAAAAAGAAAAGAACCAAACAUAGAGAAAAAUAUCCCAGGUUUACACAUAGGAUAGCAUUGCUAAAUUUUUGGACCAAGUUACCUCGUACACCAAAAGCUACAGAAUUAUAAAUACUUUAAUUAUUCUUUCUCCUUAUGGGGCUUUUUAGGGAUAAUGAGCAUUAUAAUUUAUAUGGAACAUAACUAUGAUAACAUGCAUGGUUAAAGAUCCCAACAAGAACAAGGGGAACAAGUAGUGGCUACUUUACAAGGGACUACCGGGACUACCGUGACUACCGUGAACAAAUCCAGCUAGCGUUCUAGGCGGGACUUGAACUCGGAGCCUCCGAGUUACAAGUCCAGCGCUUUAACCACUCAGCUACGCUGCCUCCGCUGCAAACGGUACUACAUAUCCCAAGAUCACCGCUGAAUGAACGAAUUGCGUAAAUUCGACUGUUGUAUGAAUAAAUUCUAAAUACGAUUAUCAAAACGUUUUGAGGUCCCAAAACAGCUAAGCUACAAAAAUUCUCUUCCAACUCUUAAAGCUUCAGAUAGCUUUCUGGGCCCACAAAUGACGUGGUCUUGUUGUGAGUUGGAGUCGCGAGUUCUUAAAUAAUUAACUGAGCUUUACUUAUUCCGUUUUCUCUUUUUUAUAGCAUAACAUCAAAUCUCCGUGCCGUGGUUUAUUCUAUCGGUGUCCGUGAGGGUGGUGUGAGGGAAUGGAAUCAAGCUUAUGACAAGUAUAAGUCAACAAAUAUUGCUUCGGAAAAGGAGAUUCUGUUAUCUGCUUUGUCGUAUACUUUGGUUCCUGAAAUGAUUGAAAGGUGACAUUUCUCUUAAUUUUUGAAAGCAAAUGUUGGUUACGUUAAAGUAUUUCAAGAGAGAAUGAGCUCUCUCUCUCUCUUGACAUUUUUAAAUUAAGCUUGAUAACCUUUAUUCCCGUUUUCAUUUAUAUAUUUUUUUUUUAGGAGGAGGGCUUGGUGGGUGUGUGUGUGGGGGAGGAGAGGGUGGUUGAAAUGGGAAAUUCAAUAAGCGUGGGCAGAGCUAUUUCUGGUUCUGAGCUGUUUCGAAUUAUUUCGGGCCUUAAAUUUAUUUGUCUAUUUUUGUUGCACAAAUCCUUUUUUUCUCUUUUCAUCUCAAACUUAUCUUGAUUUGUCUCUCUUCAUGUAGGUGUCUUAACUAUUCAUUGGAUAAGGACAAAAUCCGUCCACAGGACACCCUCGCGGUGAUAUCUGACUUGGCCUAUGAUCCUAGAACAUGGAGAAUGGCCUGGGACUUUGUGCGUAAUAACUGGAAAAUUCUUUACAGAAAGUAUGAAAAUAUUGCUGGUUUGUGACGUAAUUACAACUUUAGAUAAAAAAGCACCAAUCUUUCUUAGCUUUUAGUUUCAUAACAUUGUUUAGACUACAUGAAUACCUAUUCUUCACUUACUAGAAGUAAACAAGAAACAAGGAAAAGACAUCAUUGAGUAUAUUGGGUAUGGCCUCUGAGCAACGCCAUCAAACACUUUUUGAUACCACAAAACAACUGAUGAAAAUACAGUCGAACCUCCAUGUGCGACGACCUAUCCAAAAUACCAAGAAAGCUUUCCAAAUCAAACCUCCCGUACACGACCACUUCUCAUAAGCUACCAUACCGCCACCACUUUUUCUGGUGACGAUUUUGAAUUUAUCCAUUGCUUUUAACAUCUUGUAAGCGCCCGUUGACGCACGAUCUUUCUUUAUUGGUUGUUUGUACUACGCUACUCUGAUCAGCACAUAGCGGCUAAACAAGAAACUGAACGAAAUUUAAAGUUAACCUAGAAUAAAACAUUCAGACAGACGACGCUCAUUUAUGAUUAGUGUUGCAAACCUGUGCUGUGUUGCUUGUGGAACAGAAGGCCCGUGGAGUUGAAACUGAUACGGCUCUUUGUUGACUUCUGGUUCAUGUUAAGACCUUGUCGCACAAUUGUCUUAAAAUUGGUUUACGUGAUUUUUAAACGUCUUAUUAUGUGAAACAGAUGUUAAAAGUGUUCAAGUAUGCUUGCAUUUAAAUAAAUUGACGUUUCAAGUAAAUUUCAGACCAAUUCCUGACAAAUCCUUAUUAAGCGGCCAACCCCCAUUAAGUGACCUCUUUCGAUUUCCCCUGGCUGCUUAAUAGGGUUUCGACUGUUUUUAAUCAUUCCAAAUAAGAAAAGUCGGCGAAUUUCUCUUUUGAAUUCUUUCCUGAUCUAGAUUGUAAGACAGAUUAUUUUCAUGGUGUGUCAUGUUAGUUUAAUACCCUUUUAUAGUACAUUAUAUUUAUUUUUCUUUUAGGUACAGUCGUGGAUCUGAUUUAUGGUCAGAUUUGAUUACUAAGCUUAUGGUGAAGUGCAACACACAAGCACAACUCAAAGAAGUAAGAACUGUAUUGGCAAGAAAAAAUAAUAAUCACGGUGUAUUUUUCAGCGCAUUUAUCUGUAUAAUAAGACGACUAAAUAGACUCUUUAUAAAAAUGAGUGUGCAGCUCAAUGUACGGUACAGCGGGCAACAAAAAGCAACAGAAAAGGGUUGAACCAUGCAUUGAUCAAUGGCCUUCCCUUGAUUUUGAAUGUAACGGUAGUUAUAGAUCAGAAAAAUUAAACCUUGUUUAUGCCUUCCCCUGCUUUCCGUAUGCCUUCCCUUCACUCAGUAUGCAUAACUGCCUUCCUCGAUACUACGGAGAGUCUUCCUGCAAACUCAUAAGUGGAUAGUCGUUUAUAUGUUAAUAACUGUACUUUUCACUGACAGAAACAAAAGCUUUGCCUAUUGGCUUGCCUUUUCUCUUCUUACCCUGAUUGGUUAAUAAAAAGUCACAAAAAAGCGGACUGAUAUUGAACGCGCUAUCUUUCUUGCAGUCCGGUUGGUAGGAAAAUUAUUUGUCCGAGUUUGCUUGUUUCAUGCUCCGUUCAAGUCAGUUAAUUAUGCGAGUUAAGGAACAGUGCCCACAUUUGCAUACAAAUUGGCCCUACAGCUAUACCCAAGGGAACGUCUUGACUUAUUGUUGUAAAAACACAAAACAAUGAAGUGAAAAAAGUAAGAAGGAUAAAUUGAAACACGCGACUAAUAAAUGCUCGCAUUAAAGCUUCUUAAGCAAAAAGAAAUCAACCUUAUGACCCUUUAAUAAGUGCAAAAAGAGAAAAAUACUCAACGAUUUAAAAGGAAACUAUUAACAUAGUGAAAAAAAGCAAGCUAGCUCUUUUACACUGCGUACAAUGUUUUACUAACCCCUCCCCCUCCUUCACUCAGUUUUUUCUAUUUUUUUCCCUCCACCACUAUGACCCUAUCCACCCUACAUCGACCCUACAUCGACUCCACAUCGACCCUACACUCAACUUUUUUUUCAGCAAUAGAAAAUGUGGUGGUGGUGGAGGUGUUGGUUAGUAUGGAUGAGAGCAGUUAUGCAUAUUAGUAAAGGGAAGGCAUAAACAAGGUUUAAUAUUGCUGUCCUAUAACUACUUGUAAAACUCUUACUUUAUACUUUGGUGUUCAAACAAAGAGACGAGUACAUUGAUUUAUUACCUAUUUUUUCUCUUAGUUUAUGGAAUUUUUCAAGGAUUACCCGUCUACGGCGUCUGCGUAUCGGCAGGUUCAGAUGGGAAUGGAACAGAUUCGAGCAAAUAUCAUGUGGCUUAGUGAACAUGAGGACAAAGUAACUGCUUGGUUAAAACGACACGUUUAAGACCCAUGAUCACAGACCUCUCUGAUUUGAAAAUGAAAGAGUU